UAUACUCCGCGCGGAAAGGAAUUGCAUCGGCACUGUGCACCAGCAUGUUACGAGUCGGGGCUGUUUUUGUCGUUGUCGAGCUAUGCCUUUCCUGGGGAACGGGUGUCAACGCCCAGGUUGACGCAAACGGGACCUACAUGGCGGUUAAUCUGACUCAGGAGGAAAAGGACGUAUUCCUGGGUGCUCAUAAUGAGUUGAGAGCCAAGGUAGACCCCGAAGCAGCCAACAUGAUGUACAUGAAGUGGGACGAAUCGCUGGCCCUGAUGGCCCAGGCCUGGUCUGCCGAGUGCAUUUGGGAACAUGGCCAGCCCACUCCCAACAUCAGCCCAUUCACAAGACUCGGCCAGAACCUAUACCUGAUCACCGGCUACGGCAACCGACCCAGCGGUAAGGCCGUGUCCACCGCCUGGUACAACGAGAUCCGCCACUACACGUUCGAGACCGGCGCCUGUGAGAGUGGCAAAGCGUGCGGGCAUUACACGCAGCUUGCUUGGGCUACGAGCUACGCCCUUGGAUGUGGAAUGGACUUCUGUGAGUCUGCCGAUAAAACAGACUACGAUAACGUCUGGAUUGUCACGUGUAACUACGGCCCGACCGGAAACGUUGGCGGGCUGAAGCCGUACAAACCAGGCCCAAAUUGCACGAAAUGCGACUCGGGCGUUGGGGAAUGCUACAACAGUCUCUGCAGACUGUGUUCCGAUCACACUGAGAAAUGUGUUUGUGCUCAGGCAUGCGAAAGCUGUGGGGAAUUGAACAGUACCAGUUGCUCCUGCAAGUGCCCAAACGGUUUCCAAGGAACUGAUUGCGCUGAUAUAUGUGAAGAUUUCGACAGCAGGUGCGGCGUUUUAAAUGGUGGAUAUCCAAAACCAUGGUGUUGGGAUGAAACUGCAGAGGACCAUGAAUUCAUGCUCGCAACCUGUCCAGCGACAUGUGAACUAUGUGUCGUCGAGCAAGACCCCGAUUCCUAUUGUCCUGGGGUACCGACCUUAAAGCCACCGACGACACCAGGACCGACUCCCACUCCUAAGGUCUGUGUGCCGCUGGAUUGUCAAAACGGCGGUGUUUACGACGAGGAGACGUGUGAGUGCAAAUGUCCCCCUCAGUACCAGGGAGAACUUUGCGAUAAACCAAAGCCUACCUUGGAACAAACAUCAACACAACCCACCGAGUGUCCGCUGCUUGAUUGUCAGAACGGCGGUAAAUUUGACGAAGAGGCCUGCAAAUGCAGAUGCUUCCAAGGUUACCAGGGAAAACUAUGCCAGCAUAGCAAAGAGGACAUUGCCAAUGGCGUGGUAAUCAUUCUCUCUGCGGACUUUAACAGGUGGGGGGAAAUGGAACCGAUUUUUAAAACAGGCAUCGCAGAAUCCUUGACGACACACUGCAAUGACAAUUUCGAAGUUUGCUGCCCAGACCGGGGUUCCAAGACAACCUCAGAAAAGUUCUCCUACGCGAACGAGUCUGACAUUCUAGUCGCCAGUGGAUAUCCAGAACCAAGUGAAGACAUCGAGAACGAAUUUUCCACCAUGUUCCUGGCAAGGGAACUGGGAGAAUCAGAGCUGUGUGUCAAAGGGGGAUCGCCAACAACUCAGAGUCGACAAAAGGCUGAUACUGAACAUGCAAUGUACGAGAGGGAUGCUACGCCAGGAGGGUGA